UUUCUACGGUCUCUACUCCAUCAGUCUUCGCCAUGCCUCCACGACCAAACUUUUAUCCUCAAGUCAGGCCGUAUGGAACUGUUGCUCGUGAUGAAUGUAGUUUUUGUAAACAGAAAGGUCAUUGGAAAUCACAAUGUCCAAAGUUGGGUAAAGGAAAGCAGCAAUAUACUCAGCAACAACCCCAUCAGCAGUCUCAGCAAUGGAGUUACCGACCACCAGCUCCUCAUAAUGGACCUCCUCUUCUUCCUCGUCCUCACAAUGCAUUGACGACUUCUUCUUUAGAUCCAUCAAUGGUUGAGCAGUUUCAACAGUUUCUUGCAUCUCAGUCACAUGCCAUGGCAGCUUCAUCUCAAAUAGGUUUGUCAUCUAGUUCGUCAGGAUCCAAAGUCUCAGGAAGUGAUUGGGACCGGCCAUAGGGAAGGAGGACUUUAUAUAUUGGAUCAGCUCAAAACUCCUAAGAUUGCGGCUGCUGUUUCUAGUGUGGAUGUUUCGUCUUUUCGUUUUAGUCAGUCUUCUUCUGUGUUUUAUUUGUGGCAUUCUCGCCUUGGUCAUGUCUCUAGAUCUCGAUUACAAUUUUUAGCGUCUACAGGAGUUUUAGGAGAUUUAAAAACUCAUGAUAUUUCUGAUUGCAGUGGUUGUAAACUUGCAAAGUUCUCUGCUUUGCCUUUUCCUAAAAGUAAUUCUUUUUCUGUUGCACCUUUUGAUCUUAUUCAUUCUGAUGUUUGGGGACCCUCUCCUGUUCCUACAAAGGGGGGCUCUCGUUAUUAUGUCUCUUUUAUUGAUGAUUGCACUCGUUAUUGUUGGAUUUAUCUUAUGAAACGUCGCUCAGACUUUUUUGACAUUUAUAAUGAGUUUUGCUCUCUUGUAAAAACUCAACA